CUUAAAUGAAAAAUAUACUAAGGCGUUAUAUACCACAGAGUAAAUAUAUCUGGAAUUUCACAAUCGAGGAAAGUUUAAACAGAAAAGGAAUUAGAUAUACCACCUGACAAAGCACUACAAGUUUAUAUUUGGUUCUUGUUUGCGGGACGUUGUCUGUCAUUGAAUUUAGGAUGUCAUGCUUCAAUGUGGAAGGAGAAAAACACGUUUCCUACGAGGAUAUACCGAAUGGCGACAUUUCUUUACAGUUCGAAAACGAAAAGCCCUUAGAAUCACUUCAGUUCCCGAAUAAAGGUGAUUCUGUCUUUAAGCCACCGACCCACUCCUUGUUGUAUCAUUUGAACCAGAUCAAGAAAACGGCUCUCAAUCCGGUUGACUUUGCAGCCCUUUUAGGAGAACUGGUGAUAAAUUCGAUAUACAUGACUGUGUUGAUGGGAUUGUCUAUAGGAAUACCAAUAUCGAUGCUUUACAUGGGUUUCAAAUACUAUGACAAAUGUCCAGCUGAAUUCCUGAUCAUCUUCUACCUUCUCGUGAAUGGUUUUAUCCUGACGAUCAGACAGGUGCUUGACCUGAAGCUAAGGAUCCAACGAAGAUUGUUGCCCCCAUCCAAACGACAUCUUCCACAACAACUGACAUGCGGGGUCUGUUGCAACCAGUUUCUUACCUUCCUCGCCAUUUCAUUCUUCCUUGCAAGUAACAUCUGGAUUCUGAGUGUGAACCCCGUGAUGAACGACCCGCACAGUCUCAAGUUUUGCCACCCAGUUCUCUACUCGUACGUGUGCUGGCUGACUAUAGGAGUCUACUCACUGCUCGCUGCCGGUGUCUGCUUCUGUUUCGGAGGCACGGUGAUCGGGUGCGUCGUGAGAGGUUGUGACUGAAAUUCCGAGCAGUGGGUACAUGCUGCUUCACUUCUCAGCUGCAGAUCAAAACCAUGCACUUGGAGACGCAAAACGUCAAUUGAUGUCAAUUAUAAAUUAUUUUUAAAUUUUCCCCAAAUGAGGGACCACAUGGUGAUGGGGAGGGGCUAUCUCCAUUUAGGGGGUCCCCCCCCCUCAUUAAAAAAAUCCUGGCACCGCGCCCCUGUAUUAACCAAGAAUAUGAGUAUAACAAAGAGAAAAGAAACUCUUAUCCUUCUACUAUUUUAGUAUAAUGGUAAUAUCCUUAGUGAUCUGGUGAUAUGUUGUUGAUUUCGACGAGACAUCAUAAGCGCUAUUUCAAAAGUUACAAAGCGCUCUACAAAUGACAAAAACGAAUUCAAUCGGUAAAAACUUAAGAUAAAACUGCACAAAAUGAAACUUGCAGUACUAGUAAUAGCUAUAUAGUUAUCUGGAAUAUCCUUUAAAUUAUACCAAUAUUACAGUUGCAGUGUAAAAAAAUAUCAUGAAGACAUGAACAGAAAUCAUUAUUAUGAUCCCAGUAAUAAAUUCAACAUAAUUAUGGAGUUUAUAGUGAUAAUAUGAACUUUGCAUUUUCAACAUUAUUUUGUACAUCUCUUUAUAGGUCCCCAUUCCACAGAGGGGAGACCUUUGAAGGACCUUUGAAAGACUGGCAAGCCAUACAACAGUCUCUAAGAUCACUGAAAUUUGUCAUCUCUGUGGAAAGGCUCAGAAAAUCCCCUCAAAAGACUCUGAAAGACUGACUAAAGUCAUAUACAUAUCUUUCAAUGAUCGUUCAAUAAUCUUUCAUGGGUCUUACAGUGAUCUCCACAAAAAAUCUUGAGAGACUGUCGAAAGGACAUUGAAAGAUCUGAUAAGAACUUUGAAAGUUGAAAGAACGUUGAAAGAACUUCGAAAGACCACUGAAAGACUGCUGAAAGACCACCAAAAGAUCAUUUUCCUGAAAGACAGCUGAAAGACUGUUUCAAAAAGUUUUAGGGAUCUCGAGGACCAUAAAGACCACUGAAAGAUCCACCAGGAAUCGUGAAAGACCUCA